UGGUACGCGCAGUGGUUCGCCAUGUGAACCUAAUCACCUCAUUUCAGUUAAAACCGCUCUUGUGUCAUGUGACACGGCACCCACCACCGAUAACUCUCACAACCGGGAGAAUUCGAAUAUAAUAUCCCAUUUUUCCCCCCCUCCCCAGCAAUGAUAUCAGAAUCGACCAAUGAAUUCGUCAAUACGUUGACAAAGAGAGUGUUUGGCCACUCGGCGAACGGUUAAACGUCGUGUCCCAAUCGUUCUCGUAAUUUCCAUUGUUGAAAAUCCAGUGAAAAGACAGUUAGCGCCUGGUGUUAAGGGUGAUUGUUAAGUGAAGCGAGGUAAUCAGGCUGUUGAAACGGGCCUCCUCAGGAGAUGGGAGGUGGCUCAAGAUCAUCACAACGAUAUCAAUUAGCAGCCACCAGUGAUGAUAAUCCGGGUGUCAAUUCAGAGAUAUUGUCAACUGGCACCGAUGCUGGUGAUACUACUCGUUAUAAUAAUUCCAGCUCUCAAUACCGAGAUUAUCGAGUGUCCAGCGGGAUGUCAGUGCGACGGCGACAAUUUUUCGUGCUGGGGAAGGAGCUUUUUAGGCCUGGGUCUUCCCCAGAGUGCUAUAAACGUUGUUCUAAUCAACGUCAGAGCUGCACAAUUGCCAGUCACUGCUCUCGAGUCAUCCGAUUCACUAGAGAGGCUAGUCUGGUGUUCGAGUGGAAUAGAACGACUAGAGCCAGGUGUUUUCUUAUCAACUCCGUUGCUAGACCACCUGGAUCUAGGUGACAAUCGUAUUGCAUCAUUACCAGAGGAUGUAUUAGCCCCCCUGCACCGUCUGCGAUAUCUCAAUCUAACGGCCAAUUCAUUGACAACACUCCCAAGAUCUGCCCUCCAGGGGCUUGACUCCUUAGAGACACUCCUCCUGGCGCACAAUCAGAUAUCAGUGCUUCCCUAUCAGGGAUUCAUCGUUGUUAAAUCCCUCAUCAAUCUCGACCUCACUGGUAAUCGUAUCGUGUCAUUGCCAGACCAUACGUUCAAGCCGAAUCGUCAACUGCUCGUUCUCCAAUUGUCCUCCAAUCGUCUCACCAAGUUGCCUAGCCGUUUGUUGUCAGGACUGACUAAUCUCCAGCAUCUAGACAUGUCGAGCAAUGACAUUGAGAUACUUCCAAGAAGUUUUUUCGCCGAAUUAUCACGACUUGAGUACUUGGACGUAUCAGGCAAUCCCAUAGUGAAUCUAUCAAAUACAGCAUUCCAGGGUCUCAAUAGCCUCCUGUCCAUCAAUCUGGGACGUACGAGACUAAUGAGACUACCGAAAGACCUCUGGACACCAGUACCAGAGCUGCGCUCACUGAUCCUAGAUCAGACUAGAAUCGAACUACUUAGGAAUGACGAUUUAAUCGGCCUCUCCAACCUCGAGAACCUCACGAUAUCCAACAGUCCACUCCGUGGAUUAGAAUCCAAAACCCUCAAUCAUCUCUCUCACCUUCGUAAUCUUAAUCUCCGUAGCAAUGAUCUGACAUUUCUACCAGCAUCCCUAGCACACCUGAAGCGCCUCGAGCAUCUCCACCUUGAGGGUAAUCCCUGGGCGUGCGAUUGCCGAAUGUUCUGGUUCGUCAAGUGGGCAAAGAGUCAUGCCCACAGGACAGCCUUCGAGUCAGGAUUGAGUUGCGGACAGACUGAAACAGUGGAUACUAUUCAGGCUCUGCGUUAUUUAAACUGCACAGCCCCAUUUCUAACACACGCCACAAAUACUGAGACACAGCAUCGUUUGAACAGCUCAGUACUCCUCGAGUGCGAGUUCAAUGGUAAUCCAGCGCCCUCCCUCACCUGGGUCACCCCCCAAUUGGAGAUAUUCCACUGGAAUCCAGACCCAUCAUUUCCAGAUGCUUUUCACGAUCAUCCGAGCCAUCACGGGGUUCACGACACCACAAAUUUGGGGAAUAGUGGACAUGUCAGACUGAUGGAGAAUGGCUCCCUCCUCAUAACAAAUUUACUCAGACAGGAUGUCGGACGAUACAAGUGUUUCGCUGUCAACCCAAUUGCCAACAUGACUACCUUCGUUUACCUCAAGAUGAAUCCAAUAACGUAUUAUGAAAUUAAAAUAUUCAGUAUAGUAGUCGGUGGUGCCUGUACUGUUAUCUUCCUAUUGCUAACCCUGUUUGUACAGUUUCUGCGUUACGUAUUCAGUCGAUGCGGCUGGUGCUCGUGCUGCAGACGGGGUACAACCCGCCGUGCCAAGCAAAUAUAUCAGAUGCUUGACAACAUUGAGCAGUACAAGAGCCAGCAGCUUGAGCGUCUCCGAGAGAACUACACUCAGCAAGUUCACAGGAUCAAGGACAAUUGUGCCCAGCAGGUAGAGUGGAUAAGAGACAGCUACGAGGGACAGAUGCGCCAUAUCAGGGACAUCAGAGACUACGGUACGAGCCACCUCACGACCCUCAGGGAUCAAUACUACGAUCAGGUGAAACGUGUACGUGAUUAUUCAACUGGUCAGCUCAACUGGGUGCGUGAGAACUACGUAUUUCAGCGGAAUAAAAUUCGUAAAUUCAGCGCCCAUCAAGUGUUACGAUUACGAGAGAGCUACAAGUAUCAGCAGCAGACGCUGAACAAAGUACUGGAGAAUUUGCCAAAUUUGUAUUUCGAUAAUUGUAGGAGUGGAUCGUGCGGCAGAAGUGAUUCAUGUGUUUUCGAUGGAAAAGAUAUAAACGGUGGGCCAGAGAUGGAGGCCUAUUUUAAGAGUAAAUUGGAUAGAUUAGAUGCUUGUGCGAGUAAUGAGGAUCUCAAUAGUGAGUAUUACACGCCAACCGAGUUUUCAGCUGCCAGUCCACAUGGGCCUGGCUUCAUCGACGGAGUACACAUUAAUUACAUCGAGGAUGGGCCACCACCACCUCUCCAACACUUCAGAGGAAAUUUGAAUUUUUUCAAGCGGGAUGAAUUCAGUGAUAACACAGUGGUUCAGGGAUUGGAGGGCGAUACACCUGUUUAUCGCGGCACAAGUGCUGAGUUCAUUGCCAGAGAACAGGCCAGCACACCGGAGAUAUUGGGACUACUUGGGCCUUCGACAAGCAUGCCUGAAUUGCCACGUGAAACUCAGUUAUAGACUCAAUGUGUGAUACGUAAGGUUUUAUUAUCAAUACUGUGAUUGGGGACGAUGAGGUGCUAUUAUUUUGAGUAAUGGAUUCGCUCGGCGUGGCGAAUGUGCCUUCCAUGAUGUUCUCGGGGGGGUGUGGGGGAUUGGGUGAAGAAUUUUGAGAUUGAAUAAACCGAUGUGUGCCAGGAUUACACGAGACUGUGGUUUUGCUUUGCGGGAGUUGGGGAGUUUAUGGCUUUUGAAUAUUUUUUUGGACCUGGGUACGCCUCUUGAAAAAUUCAGUGACUAGGUGAACUAGGUUUCAGUUGCUGUUACAUUUGGCAGAGUUGAAUAGUUUUGUUUAUUCCUCAGACAGUCUCACUUUAAUGAGACUGCUCACAGAAUAUCAUUUUAUUAUUCAUUUAAUGAAGCUAUUCAAAUAGGAGGGAUGAUUGAUGUAAUGAGUUGUGAUCACUCGUUCGAUUGCCAACAAAGAGUUGAUAUAUCAUGGAUGAAAGACGUUCGGUUGGUACGUACUAGUGUGUAUGUGAACUUAAAAUUGCCAAUUGCCGGGUUUUAGAUAGAACUAGAUCAAUUCUCGCUGGGCUACAGGUAAUCGCGCAAUCGAUCUGAGAACGUCUUCCGAGGGUUGAUAUUUCGUUGAGCUUUUCAUUCAUUCUGACGGAUUCGUGGCCUCUUUUUUACCCUGCAAACGCGGUGUCUUAUACCACCUAUGCAGCCACGUGUAAAUCUAUGUCUAUUUUCAAAGAUUAAUAUUUCCAGAAAUAUAAAACUUGUCAAAUUGGUACAAACACUCGUGUAAAGACCGAUAACUUCGCCUCGAUUAUUUCCACUUUUCAUCUUUCUAAGCUACUGGGUUAUUGAAAGUCAGUGCAUCGUAUUAGUGUCAAAAGGGUCCCGUCCUUGACCGGUUAAGGAUUUUACAAUAAUUGCCAAUAAUUAAUAGGUUACUAAUUACAAAAUGAUGCUCGUUAGUGUAGGCUUUCCUGUUCUUUUUUAAAACGAGAAAAGACAUGGCAGCACUACUCAUUCAAAUGAUAUUAUUAAAAGUAAUAUGAAGGAGAUUAAGUUAUCCCGGAAUUUUCUGUUGAGAUGCACGAAGAAAAAUUCUAGAGUGUGAAUUACUGGAAAUGAACAACUCCUUGAAAUGUCGAUGGACAAGUCGAUUCCUGAUUGAUGAAUUGAAAAUUUUGGGGGUUUCGAGUUCAUACCCUCCAUUCCCGGAAGUCAGUUCUCAAGCUUUCUUCGGAGGGAAUAUUUUUAUACAUCAUUUGUCUGAUGGUAUUAAUAAUUAGGGGCGAAUUGGUUACACAGACAGAUAGAAGUAAAAUUAAUUCAGGGGAUCGUCCACGACCCUGGAGCCUAGACAAUAUAAUUUUUGUUCCAUUUUAAAAGAGUUAUCGUAUUGAAUUUAGAUGAACUGAAAUCUUUUAAUAAACUAUUAUUGCGAAGUACUUAAAUUUAGAGCCAAUUGCACGUUAUUUUCAACCAAAGAUAUCUCUGUUGAUGCUCUUCAUCGAUGAAAAAUCGAAUUGGUAAUAUAUUUGAAUGGAUCAAAUAGAUAAAUCCUGGUAAUAGUUAAUUAGUAUGGGGAGAGAGAGAGAGAGAGAGAGAGCGUCAUGGGUGACGUUAACUAACAGGUUGAGUACGUCUCUUCGUGUUAUUACGUAAUCGGUGUAACGAGUAUGACAGAGUGAAGAGUGGCUCCGCCAUACUGGCGAUAUUGUCUUCCCUCACUUCUCCGGAAUCCGAUUGGCAUUGCAUUUGACGAUAAAUCAGUUGUUAUUAAAUGAGGGAAAACUACUUGUCGAAUAUUACGACAAAUUGACUGUGACUUGUCAACGAAUUUGACGAUAGUUUUAUUCUAAGGGUAUUGUAAAUAAUUCAUUGAAUUAUUGUAAAUAUAAAUAAAGUCAUAGCUGUAACCUCGCUGUAACCGUUGCAAUAAAUUAUCGGAUUAUUUUUUCA